AUGUUAAAAGCGUUUACCCAAAAGAAAUUAUCGAACACAUUACCAUUUGUCUAUGACUACUUACUCUCGUUACCACCCGAUUAUAAUAACAAUAAUUCUGUUCGAUGGCCACUCAUUCUUUUCUUACAUGGUGCCGGUGAAAUAGGAUCGCCUAUUGAUAAAGUAAAAACACAUGGCAUACCAAAAUUAGUUCAAUCAUAUUCCACUGGUUUAUUUGACGAUGUUAAUCAAGAAUGUGCACGUUUUGUAACGGAAAAAUUUAUUACCUGUUCACCACAAGUAAGACGAAGUUAUGGUUGGAAUGUUCAAGUGUUAAAAUCACUUUUAGAUGAAUUAGAGCAGGAUUACAGAGUGGACAUAAAUAGAAUCUACGUCACUGGAAUUUCUAUGGGUGGCUAUGGUGCUUGGUCAUUAGCAAUGUCAUCACCGCAUCGUUUUGCUGCUAUUCUACCAGUUUGUGGUGGUGGUGAUUGUUCACUUGUAAAAUGUUUGUCACAUUUACCUAUAUGGGUAUUUCAUGGUAAAUUAGACGAUGUGGUACCUGUGGAAGAAAGUGAACAACUUGUGAAAAGAUUAGAACGAGAAGAACAAGGAAAAUGUCAAUUAACUAUUUAUCCGACACUGAAACAUGAUUCGUGGACAGACACUUAUAAUAAUUUAGAAAUUUAUUGUUGGUUAUUGAAACAAACGAAAGAAACACAGAAGUGA